GUCGGCUGUUUGUAGUUUUGUCAAUUAAUGGUUGGGUUGACUUCUAGUUAAAGAUUCUCGGGUCCCAUGUUCUUAUUCUUUCGAGCAUGCUAACAGCUGCUAAGACAUAUUUCGUCCAGUUUCACAGUAGUUUACUUCAGUUUACUUGUGCUUCGAUUGCAUUCGUUAUCGGUGUGCACGGAUCGCUUGGCCUCUGCAUAUGUAUAUGUUUUGCAAUGGCUGUGAAAGUGAUUAAUUUGGAGUGUGUUUGAUGAAAAUUGGAAGGUCUGAAUGAAAAUUUCGCAGUUUUACUGCUAAGAAGUGGUGUUUGAGUAUGUAAUUUGUGGUCAGUGUUGUAAAUUUGUUCAGUUGUGAAAGAAUAAUGAGUUUAAAUGUUCUUAAUUGGUAUUGCCAGCCUAUAAGGUAUGGUAUUUGGGCAAGCGAGACGCAGAGUGCAUUUGGUGCUUAUACACCAUGUGGCAUAGAUUCUUUUGUGAUCAGUGUAUCUCAUUUGGUGCUUUUGAUUUUGUGCUUGUACCGAAUAUGGUUGAUUACAAGGGAUGUUAUGGUGCAGCGGUUUUGUCUGAGAUCGAAUGUUUAUAACUAUGUAUUGGGGGUUAUAACCACUUACUGUACUGCUGAGCCUUUGUUCAGAUUGGGUUUUGGGGUUUCACUAUUUAACUUGAAUGAAGACUCCGGGUUUGCACCUUUUGAGGUGGUUUCCUUGAUUAUCAGUGCUCUUUCUUGGGGAUUUAUGUUGCUGAUGAUUGCCUUGGAAACAAAAAUUUAUGUUCGAGCAUUUCGAUGGUACAUCCGCUUUGCAGUUAUAUAUCUCCUUGUCGCAGAUACCGUGAUGCUGACCUUUUUGAUUUCCUUGAAGAAUUUUUACCCGAGGUUUGUAUUGCUUUUGUACAUGUGUACAUUCUUCUGCAAGAUUAUGUUUGGAAUGCUUCUCCUUUUUUACAUUCCGAAUCUGGACCCUUAUCCGAAUUACAUCCCACUGUCAACGGGGUCUUCUGAUGACACAAAGUAUGAAGCACUUCUUGGAGGUGAUCAUGUUUGUCCAGAGAGAGAGGCCAACAUAUUUUCCAGGAUGUUUUUUGGGUGGAUUACUCCUCUUAUGCAGCAAGGAUACAGAAGACCUAUUACUGAAAAGGAUGUUUGGAAGUUAGAUACUGUUCAUACAUGGGAUCAGAGUGAAACAUUAAGGAUAAAGUUUCUGCAAUGCUGGAUGGAAGAAUCUCAAAAGGAGAAGCCAUGGCUAUUACGUGCUUUAAAUAGUAGUCUUGGAAGAAGGUUUUGGUUGGGUGGAUUUUUCAAAAUUGGAAAUGAUCUCUCACAGUUUGUAGGACCUGUUAUAUUAAACCGUCUCUUGCAGUCACUAGAGCGAGGUGAUCCAGCUUGGAUUGGUUAUUUGUAUGCCUUCCUAAUUUUUGUAGGGGUGUCAUUAGGCGUGCUGUGCGAAGCUCAGUAUUUUCAGAAUGUGAUGCGUGUUGGGUUCAGACUAAGAUCAACUUUGGUGGCUGCUGUAUUUCGCAAGUCUCUGAGGCUGACAAGUGAGGGGAGAGAAAAAUUUCCUCCUGGAAGGAUAACAAAUAUGAUGACAACGGAUGCUAACGCACUUCAGAGAAUAUGCCAACAGCUUCAUAAUUUGUGGUCUUCACCAUUUCGUAUAAUCAUGGCUUUGGUUCUUCUCUACCAGCAAUUGGGUGUUGCUUCAAUACUUGGUUCUCUUGUGUUACUUCUCAUGAUUCCUUUACAGACAUUUAUUGUGAGCAAAGCGCGAAAGUUUUCCAGAGAAGGGUUGGAAUGUACUGACAAGAGAGUAGGCUUAAUGAAUGAAAUUCUUGCCGCCAUGGAAACUGUGAAAUGUUACGCAUGGGAGGAGAGCUUUCAAACAAAAGUUCAAAGCAUGCGAAAUGAUGAACUCUCGUGGUUCCGCAAAUCGCAGCUGCUAGGAGCGUGCAACACUUUUAUUCUAAACAGCAUCCCAGUUCUUGUGACGGUGAUCUCAUUCGGAUGUUUUACUCUUCUUGGUGGAGAAUUGACCCCUGCAAGGGCUUUUACAUCACUUUCUCUGUUUGCAGUACUGCGUUUUCCUCUAAACAUGCUCCCAAAUUUGAUAACUCAGGCUGUCAAUGCCAAUGUCUCCCUACAAAGGCUAGAGAAACUGUUUUUAAGUGAUGAGAUGAUUCUCUUACCUAAUCCGCCACUUGAACCAGGGCUUCCAGCUAUUUCGAUAAAAAAAGGAACGUUUUCCUGGGAGCCGAAGGCUGGCAAGCAAACAUUGUCAGAUAUAAAUGUGGAUAUACAAGUUGGAAGCCUAGUAGCAAUUGUUGGUGGUACUGGAGAAGGAAAGACAUCACUUCUAGCAGCUAUGCUUCGAAAGCUUCCACCUAUGGUUGAUGGAAGUGUUGUCAUCAGAGGAACUGUCUCCUAUGUUCCUCAAAUCUCCUGGAUUUUCAAUGCUACUGUACGUGAGAACAUAUUAUUCGGAUCAAGCUUCGAAUCCACGCGAUAUUGGCGGGCAAUAGAUGUAACAGCACUACGGCAUGACCUUGACUUGCUUCAGGGGCAUGAUUUGACGGAAAUUGGUGAAAGAGGGGUGAAUAUUAGUGGGGGACAAAAGCAAAGAGUCUCUAUGGCCAGGGCUGUGUAUUCCAACUCUGAUAUUUAUAUAUUUGAUGACCCUUUAAGUGCUCUAGAUGCUCAUGUUGGUCAAGAGGUUUUCAACAACUGUAUCAAGGAGGAGCUACAAGGAAAGACUAGAGUGCUUGUUACCAAUCAGCUACAUCUUCUUCCACAAGUUGAUAAAAUUUUAUUAGUUUCGGAUGGUAUGGUGAAAGAGGAGGGUACCUUUGUAGAGCUUUCUAAAAGUGGGCCUCUCUUCCAAAAACUAAUGGUAAAUGCUGGGAAGAUGGUAGAUCAUGUAGAUGAAAAUGAAAUGAGCCCAACUGUUGUCUGUAAUACCUCAAUCCUGACUACAAGUGGGGAAGAUGUUGAGUUUCAGAAUGGUGCAAGCUCUGCAAAAGAAAAGAAAGAAGGCAAAUCCGUCCUUAUCAAGAAGGAAGAGCGGGAGACAGGUGUUGUCAGUUGGAAUGUUUUAAUCAGGUAUAAAAAUUCUUUGGGAGGCCUAUGGGUUGUCUUGAUACUGUUCUCCUGCUACAUCUCAACUGAAGUUCUUCGAAUUUUGAGUAGUACAUGGUUAAGUAUUUGGACAGAACAAAGUAGUUCAACGAGUUACACUCCUGGUUUCUAUAUUUUUGUAUAUGCGGUAUUAUCAUCUGGUCAGGUGUUGGUGACACUAGCGAACUCUUUUUGGUUGAUAACAUCGGGUCUUUAUGCGGCUAAAUGUCUUCAUAAUUCAAUGCUGUAUUCCAUACUCAGAGCUCCUAUGGUAUUCUUCCACACAAAUCCAAUUGGGAGGAUGAUUAAUCGAUUUUCAAAAGAUCUGGGUGAUAUAGACCGUGAAGUUGUUACGUAUGGUAAUAUGUUUCUGAGCCAAGUGUGCCAGCUCCUUUCAACAUUUGUGCUUAUAGGUAUUGUGAGUACAAUUGCCCUGUGGGCAUUAAUGCCACUUCUGAUACUGUUCUAUGCAGCUUACAUCUACUAUCAGAGCACAGCUCGUGAAAUAAAACGUUUGGAUUCGAUUACAAGGUCACCUGUUUAUGCACAGUUCGGAGAAGCUCUGAAUGGUUUGUCCACAAUUCGUGCAUAUAAAGCUUAUGAAAGAAUGGUGAACAUGAAUGGAAAAUCUAUGGACAACAAUGUUAGAUUCACCCUGGUUAACAUAAGUUCAAGACGCUGGCUCGCCAUAAAAUUGCAAACUUUAGGAGGACUCAUGAUUUGGCUGACAGCAACAUCUGCUGUAAUGCAAUAUGGAAGAGCAGGAAACCAGGUCGCAUUCGCAUCUGCUAUGGGACUGCUCCUUAGCUACUCUCUAAAUAUCACAAAUUUGUUAAGUAAUGUUUUAACACUAGCUAGUACUGCUGAAAAUAGUUUAAACUCUGUUGAAAGAGUGUGCACAUAUAUAGAUCUGCCCUCCGAGGCUUCUGCUGUAAUUGAGACCAAUCGCCCUCCACCUGGAUGGCCAUCUCAUGGGUCAAUCAGAUUCGAGGAUGUUGUUUUGCGCUACAGGCCUGAACUUCCUCCUGUUCUGCAUGGAUUGUCUUUUACAGUAUCUCCCAAAGAAAAGGUUGGUAUAGUUGGAAGAACUGGUGCAGGGAAAUCAAGUAUGCUCAAUGCUUUAUUUCGGAUUGUAGAAGUGGAACAAGGAAAAAUCAUAAUCGAUUAUUGUGAUGUUGCCAAGUUUGGAUUGGCAGAUUUACGCAAGGUCCUGAGUAUCAUACCACAGAUACCAGUUCUUUUCUCAGGAACUGUUCGUUUUAAUCUUGAUCCAUUCAAUGAACACAAUGAUGCUAACAUCUGGGAGGCUUUAGAUCGGGCACAUUUGAAAGAUGUUGUCAGAACAUAUACACAUGGGUUAGAGGCCAAGGUUACAGAGGGAGGGGAGAAUUUUAGUGUUGGACAGAGGCAACUUUUGAGUCUUGCUCGAGCAUUGCUAAGGAGAUCAAAGAUUCUGGUUCUUGAUGAAGCGACAGCAGCUGUUGAUGUUGCAACUGAUGCUCUUAUACAGAAUACCAUUCGGGAAGAAUUCAAAUCAUGCACUAUGCUCACUGUUGCCCAUCGGUUGAACACUAUAAUCGACAGUGACAAAAUUCUUGUGCUUGAGGCUGGUCAGGUUCUAGAAUAUGAUUCCCCAGAGAAACUUUUAUUAAGUGAAACUGGUGCAUUUUCUAAGAUGAUCCAGAGUACAGGAGUCGCAAAUGCUGAAUACUUAUACAGCUUAGUAAUUGGAAGUGACGGAGUGGAGAAUUCAAAGAGGAAGCAGACUGAGCACCUGGAUAGGCAGCGUACUUUGGCCUUCUCUCACUGGGCUGCUGUGGCACAGUUCACUGUCCUUAAUAAUGUCGGUUCUCUGCAGAGCAACCUUGAACCACUGGAAUCUAAAGAUGAGAAGAAUAUUCUGAACAAAGCAAAGGAUUCUGUUGAAACUUUAAAGGUGAUUUUGGAGGGAACGCAUGACAAGCUCAUUGAUGAGGCACUUAGUAGAUACCAGGUACCUGCAGAUAACUGGUGGUCAGCACUUUACGGAGCAGUUGAAGGUCUUGCUGUAAUGAGUAGGCUUGCUCAGAACAGGCUUGGGCAUGGUGGAAAUGGUUUGGAAGACACGACAGGUUAUUCGGAACUUGAAGAGAGGUGAAGUAGGGGAGGCAUAACUGAAAUGUUUCACCAUAUCUUGAGUGCUACCUCAGAAAAAAUAUACAGGUAUUUCUUAUAUAGGGAGUUGACUUGUAGCGAGGGGCAAAUCUAGAAACGAAAUCUUGGAGGGGCAUCAAGCAAAUUUUCAGAAAACACCUAUAUAUUUUUAAUUUUUGAGGGACACUUCUGUAAUUUUUAAAAAUUUAGAAUGGUCAAAAAUGUAAAAAAUAAUUUUAGGAGGGGCACGUGUCCUCCGUGUCUCUUACUAGAUCCGCUCGUGCUUGUAACAGCGUCAGUGAUCCCUCGAUUAAAAAUAUACGUGUGUUCUAAAAUAUGUAAACUUGUGUCAAAUAAGACCUCAAAAUAACACAUAAAUUUAUAGA